AUGUCACAACGAGGGUGUAUGACCUGCAGAGACCGCAAGGUCUUCUGUGAUCGGACUCGCCCGACCUGCACCCGUUGCGCCAGGGCAGGCCGAAGGUGUGAUGGUUAUGGGACUCGGCUGUCUUGGCCGCGUAAGGGUGAUAGUCGGCGCGCGAUACUUGGGCCUGCACCCGUAGAAAGGCACCGCUAUGACGCACGGCACUUUGUUAACACUUCCACUUGGGAUGUAGAGAUGCACGACUUGAUCUCUGGCAUCGAUUUUGGCUAUGGAACCUCCACGCAACAUCCUAAUACGAGACAGUUUAUCUUAGAGGAUCUCGACAACCAACCAACGGAGGUCGUUCAACCAGUUCUCAGCCCUCCGAUUUCCUUGGUCAGUGGAAGAUUGGACCAUGUGCAAAUGGGUUUGUUCGAAUAUUUUGUGUAUCAAGCAUCCUUUUCCCUUAUGGCUUUUGGUCAUGACGCGCUCAAGAUCCGCGAGAUCCUCGUUCGCAUGGCUCUCUCCGACAACUCACCAUCUGCAACCGCAAUACUUCAGUCUACAUUGGCCCUAGCAUCAUACCAUCGAGAUAAAGACCACUCACGUGCAGAUCGACUCAAAAUCGCGGCUCUUCGGGCAUUGGCAGCCUCUACCCAGGGUGUCAUUGGCGUAGAGGAAUCCAUUCGUCAUAUUGCUGCAGGGAUGCUCCUCUGCACUCUGGAGAUUUACCAGAUCUCGGCGGCAUCAAGUCACUGGCUGUGGUAUGUAUGCGGCUCGAAAAAGAUCAUUAAGAGCGCCAAACUCGACGAGAGAACACCAACCAACGACACUACCACACUGAUAGGCUGGGUCCAUUACUCUGACGUGCUGGCUCGCUUCAGCUUGCGUCACUGGCAACCAAAUCUCUUAGAGGCUACAGGUUUCGCCAUAGGAGCACAUUUCGAACCCUUUCAACCUGCAGUAUGCGCAGAGGCCCAGCCCGCGCAUCUAGUAGGUCCUCCGCAUGAGGUCUUAUAUCUCCUGUCCGAAGUGUGUGAUACCGUCGUUGAACCCUCGGAUCCACGUUUCCGCGAGAGCGACUACAAACAAUAUCUCAAACUCCUAGAAUGGAAAUUGCGGAGGAUCAAUAUCUCAACGGACGGGAAUAAUACUCUAGCUGAAGGAUCACGAUCGAAUUCCGACAGACCAGUCGAACUCUACCAACUGGCGACCCUAAUCUACCUCAAACGUGCGUCAGCAGACAAUCCCAAAGAGAGAUCACGUCUUCCGGAAUGGAUCGAGAGGUCAUUUGAUAUCCUUUCAUAUUCAGAAGAUUGCCAAUGGCCCUUCCCUCUUCUGAUACUUGGUUGCGAGGCGCGAACAGACGGCCAACGAACCAUGAUUCUCGACCUCAUCUCCAAAACGGAGAGGAAUAUUCACUUUCGGAAGCUGGACUCUAUCAAGAUGAUGAUUCAACGAAUUUGGGUUCAGAAUGAUCUGAUUGAGGAGGAAUUCAACUAUGUGCAUAAGCUCGGUGUUGUGCUUAGUUCGGCAAACAGGGCUGUCCCAGCACUCGUUUAG